AUGUCGACCAUCAAGGACAUUACCAGUAUCGAGGCUUGGAACAAUCAUGUGUCGUCAUUGCCGGCGUCCACCCUCCUGAUCGUCUCCUUCCACGCGCCCUGGGCUGCGCCCUGCGCCCAGAUGGCGACAGUGCUCAAGACAUUGGCGAGCGAAUAUCCCGUUACUGAACCGCUUUCCACCUCCUGGGUCUCGAUCGAUGCCGAAGAACUGUCGGAAAUUAGCGAAACGUACAACGUGACGGCCGUUCCCUUUCUCGUGCUCGCCCGGAAUAACCAGGUUUUGGAGACGGUUAGCGGAAGCAGUGCCGUCAAGGUUCGAAACGCGAUUGAGACCCACGCCAAAAAAUCGGCCCAGUCCGGCACUGAAGCUAGUGAGAAGACACCGGCGAUCGCAAAUGGCGCCGCAACUGCUGAGGGCCAGGCCGGCGACGUUGUACCUCAGGACCCCAAGAAGCAAAAGGAGGAGUUGUUCAGACGUCUGGGUGACCUGGUCAAGGCCGCCCCGGUCAUGCUGUUCAUGAAGGGUACUCCCAGUGAGCCCAAGUGCGGCUUCUCGCGACAACUGGUUGCUAUUCUCCGAGAAAAUGCCGUCAAAUACGGUUUCUUUAACAUUCUAGCGGACGACGAAGUACGACAGGGCCUUAAGGAAUUUGCUGAUUGGCCUACUUAUCCACAACUUUGGGUCGACGGUGAGCUAGUGGGGGGACUCGAUAUCGUCAAGGAGGAGUUGGCGAACGACGCCGACUUCUUCAAACCAUAUAGUGUCAAGGCGAACGGCGAUGCGUCCGCCGGGCAAUCCUAG